AUGGGGUCAUUGCUGGCGACCGAGGACUUCACGCACAUCCUGCGUGUGCUGAACACCAACGUCGACGGCAAGCAGAAAAUCCAGUAUGCCCUGACCGCCAUCCGCGGAAUCGGCCGCCGCUACUCCAACAUCUGCUGCAAGAAGGCCGAGGUCGACCUGACCCGCCGCGCCGGCGAGCUCUCGCCCGAGGAGCUGGAGUCCAUCAUGACCAUCGUGGCCAACCCCCGCGCCUACAAGAUUCCCGACUGGUUUCUGAACAGGCAGAAGGACGUCAAGGACGGCAAGUACUUCCAGAUGACCUCCUCCAUGCUGGACACCAAGCUGCGUGACGAUCUGGAGCGCCUGAAGAAGAUCAGGAACCACCGUGGGCUGCGCGCCUACUGGGGCUUGACGGUGCGCGGGCAGCACACCAAGACCACUGGUCGCCGCGGCAAGACCGUCGGCGUGGCCAAGAAGCGCUGA